GAGAACGAGCAAGUGAUCAAUGAAGUCAACAAUAACGUGACCAAAAAAUUGGAGGAGCUAGAGACGAUAAAACCACAACUUUCGCAAGCUGCGAUUGAUCAUGAAGAUAAGUUAAAGCAAAUCACAGAAGAACACAAAAGAGAAAUGCAUGAUUUUGAAAUUCGGGUUUCAGAUUUACUAACAGAAAUUGAAAAUAUAGACAAAGACAUAUCAGACUUAUCGCAGCUUGUGGAAACCAAUCAUAAUAAUAAUAAAGAACAGGACAGUAAAAUUAAUAGUAUCAUUCAAGAAUUGUCUGAAUCUAAAAAUCAGAUACAGACUCAGUUAGACAGUAAUAAAAAAACUAAUUGAAAAUAUAAGUGUGAUUACUAACGAAAAUAAAAUUAUGCAAGAGAAAUUAAAGGAUGCUGAUAAACAAGUCGAAAUACUUUCUACUGAAAAAGAGAAGUUGACAACGAAUUAGCUGCUGUGGUUGCAAAUUCGGGAGAUUCCAGUAAAAAAUUAGCCGAAUUAACUACAGUAAUUAACGAAAAAGAAAGCGCAUAUGAAUCAAAAAACACGCAACACAAAACUAAAAUACAGGAAUUGGAAAACGCUCUUCAAGCACUUCAAAAGACUAAUGAAGAACUUAACGGUUCUAACCAUCAUCGUCUCUUCGAAAUUAUAUUAUAAUAGACGUAUAACUUCUUACGUGCAUACAAAGUACACACACAUUCUUUUUUAAUUCGCAGCUAAUUUGUUGAUAAUAAUUAAGGAACCUAAUUAACGCCAUUUUAAAGAAUGGGUUUUGUAUUUUUUUUGUCAAAAAAAUUGCACAAACAUUGUACCUCCAUAGGACCCUCUACGAAUUUUCAAAAAUGUGGUUCAAGUGGUGACUAGUGCAGUCACACUCAAUUCCUAAUACGGUGGUCGGCUUUUGAAUCACUAAUUUCCUUAUAUGGUCAUCAGCUUGGGAUAGAGUCGAUACGGAGAUACUGGUAGUUCGGUGAUGACAUAUAAACACAGCGGAAUGCGAUAGAUAAUUAAUUGGUAUCGUAAGUUCGUGGCGAAAAGUAAUAUAAUUUGGUGUGUCAUUGAUUUUGACCACUGUAAACGAGUUUGGAUAUUAAAAUAAAUAUAUUUUUGUAAUUAGACGAUAAUAAGUAAAAACGUCGAUUAUGGCUUUAAUAUUUCGGUAUCCUUCAUGGAGUUAUACCAAGGAAAGAUCUACGAUUUACUUAGUGACAAACCAAGAAAAGAAACCACGUUGGAAACCAUAGAGAAUCCAAAUAAUGAUAUCACUAUCCCAUAUUUAACCGAAAUAACUGUCCCUGGUGUAAAAACUCUCUUGGAAACCCUGAAAAAGGGUAUCAGUAUGAGAAAAACCAGUUCAACGACAUUUAAAAUCAUAUAUCUAUUCUGUUCUAUAAUUUUAUUUCCUUUCCUUUUUUUUAAUUUUUAUUUUCUCACAAAUUUAGGCAACCAGUUAUACCUUCUUUCUUUUUCUGUAUAAAGAAGCACAGGCUAGAGCGAUGUACAUUUCGGUCAUUGGUCGCUGAAUUUCGAUGUACAAUUAG